AUUGUACUUAACAAAAUAUAUAUUUUAUUACUAUAUUAUUAAAGUAUUUGUGUUCACAAAUACUUAUAAUUGUGGCAUCUACUGAAGAUUUUCUUGAGAAAAAUAUACUGAGCUACAGUGGUUAUGUUUUACGUAAUUGUUUUCAUUUUUAAAAGACUUAGAAUUAUUGCAAGAUUGAGGAUUGAAUUUGUGUGAGAGUGUUUAUUAUGAUGGAUGACGAUUUCGAUCUGGAUUGCUCCGAGGAUGAGUUGAAGAAUUGCCAAGGAAAUUGGGAACCGAAUGCAGAAGAGAUUGUCCGGCUUUACAACAUACUGGAUAAGGAUGAGGUUCCUGAUCUGAAUUGGAAAUGUCCUGGCUACAGAUCACCAUCACCUGAAGUCAAGGAGCAACCAGAGGAGCAUAAAGUAAUCAACCAUUUUAGUGUUGAAGACAAAUCAGAUUUUGAUUUCAUGGACGAGGUGACAUCUCCGAAAUUGAAGAUUCGAAAGGAUGGAGAGGAUGCAUUGAAAGGAAGUGCAAAGAAAAAGGUGACUUCUUUGGAUGGUGUCAUAAACAACAUGAGGAGACACAACUUGCUACCCCCUUCGAAAUCAAAAACUAACGACAGCUGAUCUCCACUACAAUAUAAAGUUUAUUAUACAACAAGUAAAUGCAAAAACAAAUAAGUACAGUAUGUUAAGCAAAAUGAUCACAGAUAGGAAUGGAACGACGCGUCCAUCAUCACUGAUCUUCAAUAAAUUAAGUAAAAAUUU